AUGCUACCGUUCCACGACCACGGAGAGAUCUCUCGCAGAUUAGAGCUGACAAGAUCUUUGUUGGCCCCGACAAUAGAGUUUAGCGUAAAUCGAACUAUUGUAGUCUUGGGGAGAUUAGCGAGUUUCGCCGUCCCCUUGGUGCUCGGGCGGCGACUGUGCAGUGAGUCCGUGCGCCGCCCACCCAAGUCGCCGCGGCCCCUUCGCAGAAGCAAAGCGAGGCGGCAUUCAAAUCCGCGCGCACCGCGACUCCCGCAUACCGAUUCGACGCCCGACGAAUCGGUAUGGCUGACGGCAAAAAGCCGGCUGAGCAGACAUCCGUCCACAGCGUACCGAUGGCCGUUCACGCCUUCUACGGCGCUC